AGCUGACUGCUGCAGGGAGCGGCGCGCCCGCUCCGGCCCCGAGCCCGCGGAGCCCCGGCCACCCCGCAGCUAUGGCAGGGGUCGUGGUGAGCGGAGCCCAAGUGUCCUACAUUAGUCAAGACUGUGAAGAAAUUCCAGAAUUCCUAGGACAAAAAUAUGGACAUAUGGCAAAAAGACUAGAUCUUAGCUUCAACUUGUUAAGGUCACUAGAAGGACUGAAAACAUUCAGUUACUUGGAAGAGCUGAUCCUGGACAACAAUCUACUUGGAAAUGACCUUCUGUUACCCAGGUUACCCCACCUCCAUACCUUAACGCUCAACAAGAACCAAAUAACAGAAUUAGAAAGCCUUUUGGACCAUUUGGCUGAAGUUGUACCCUCACUACAGUAUCUCAGUUUGCUUGGAAACAUUGCUUGCCCAAAUGAACUGGUCUGCAAAGAAAAGGAUGAGGAUGACUACCAGAGGUACAGAUAUUUUGUCCUGCAUAAAUUGACGAACCUGAAAUUUCUUGAUACUCGGAAAGUAACCAGGAGGGAGAGAGAGGAAGCCUUGGUAAGAGGCGCCUUCAUGAAAGUGGUUAAGCCCAAGGAUGCUAAGGCUUCCUGUGAUGCUGCUUCUGCCUCUCCAGAGAUGCACUAUACACCUCUGCCUUCUGGAUCCAGAGACCUCACCAAUCACAGAGGCAUUCUGGGGAAAUGUCGCUACAUUUACUACGGAAAACAUUCCGAGGGCAACAGAUUCAUCCGAGAUGACCAGCUAUAAAACACAGUGCUGUUUGGUGCCUCUUCGAUCCCUCCACAUGAGAAGCACAAAUUGCAUCUAAAUUUUAAGCGUGUAACUGAAGUCCUCUAGUGCCUUCUGCUGACUUUGCCAAGCCUGUCAAGAUCAUCCUUCUAUCUUAGUCUGAGUAGUCACAUAGAGAUUGACAUGAUUGCCUUUAAGCAGGUUCCAUCCACCAGUGUGACAGACAGCUGCAGCCGAGCACCCGGCCUGACAGGAGGAGCACAGUGAUGGAUUGCCUGGUCCAAUUGCUGCUCCAGAAGAGCAGGGGUCACACCUGGGGCUGCAGUGAGCAUGCUCCAGCGCUCGGCGCCUCCGCAAACGCAGCGCGUUUAUCUCCGGCUUGCCUGUUGAGAGAAAGUGGCUGCUGAUAUCAAAGUGUUUAUAAAAGAGGGAGGCUGUAAUUUCAGAUGAAAAAGCCCUUAUCUGUUCUUAUUUUUUUCCCCUGUGAAUUAAGUGCUUGUGUUUCUAUCAUCUCAUACAUGCCUACACAAAUCCGUUCACGGUUUGGUAGGACCCCCACUCACCCCCAAAUGGUCCUAGACAGGUUAUUUUGUCGUUCAGCAGGGGAAAAAUAUAUCCUGAAAAUAUUUUGGCCAUGCAAAGUACUAUUGAUUUGUAUAGUUGUUUAUAUGCAAAGGAAAAAGAUUUAAGUAAUUUCCCAGACAAACAAAAUUUGCUAAUUCUUAAAUUACAUCUCAACGUUUACUCACUCUUACCUUCAGAAAAGUGAACAUUUUGUAAUUCUGGCACAGUUUAACUGUAUAUACUUGGAAGAAGCUCUCAUUAGUGAUAUUAACAAUGUGUGUUAUUCCUGGUUUGUUGAACAAGAUAUUUUUGACUUUUAGGGACUAUGUUUAGAAUUAAAUACUUAAAUCUGGGGGGAAAAAGUUCCUAAAAGGAGUGAUAUAAUCUGCCACCAGAUGCAUAGGAUUAUUCAGAGGGGAGAAAAUCAACAAAAGUAAAUGGUAGAAUUAACAUAAUUAACAGCUUUACUAAUAUAGAGAGAUAAGUUCUGAAUAAUCCCUUUUGAUGUCUAUGUAGGAAAGGCUAUUGUCAAAUUUUCAGUCACAAAAAUAAAAAUUCAUGGCAAAUUUCCUACUUUUCUGAUAACGAGGUUGGAUAUAUUAGAAUCAUGAACUCGUGACUGUG